AUGGAUGAAGAUUUUCUGCACCCACCGUUUCAGACGUAUCCUUCAAAGAAUACUGAAGGGAAAAAACAUAUUGUCAUUGUAGGUGGCGGUAUCAUUGGUUGCUGUACUGCAUACUACUUGACGCAGCACCCAAGUUUCAGCCCUUCCACCCACCACAUUACCAUCAUCGAAUCAAGACGUAUUGCUGGAGGGGCCUCCGGCAAGGCUGGUGGCUUGCUUGCAUCUUGGGCUUUCCCGCAUCAGAUUGUGCCUUUGAGUUUCCAGCUUCAUCAGGAGUUAAGCGAUCAGUAUGAUGGAGAGAACAACUGGGAUUAUAGAAGAUUAACGACUGUAUCCUUAGAGGCCGAUGUGCGGGAAGAGGUCAUUAAAAACUACGAGAGGCUGAGCAAAAAGGCAUAUAAUCUCAAUGUCCCCCCUCCAAAGAAAAAACCGGGCUAUAUGUCGAAUAAGUUCAAUGUGGGGGACUCGAAUUCGUCUUUGAGCUCCUCGGCCUCCUCCUUGAAGAACGAAUCCACCGGCAACGAAGAGGAAGGGUCCGAAGUCCAUGUUUCUAGCUCGGUACCUAGCUUACAUUCUUUAACAAAUGAACGCAUGAAAAGUCACACAAACAGCGUUUCGGAACUUGAUUCGGUAAGCCCUGCCGAGCAGCUCCGGGAUAGCAAUAUUCAUAAUCCCUUGCCAACGGACUUGAAUUGGAUAAGAAGAGAACUAGUGAAUGACUGGUCAUCGCUAGGCGGUACUGACACUACAGCGCAACUUCAUCCCUAUAAAUUCACCCAUUUCAUUUUGUCAAAGGCAAUGGAAACUGGUGCCGUUGACCUGUUGCUCGGAAAAGUAGUGGGAGUAAAGUGUGACGAAAUGGAUUGUGUUCACUCCCUCAAGUACCUCCCCUCUGUCGUCAAGAAUCGCAGGAAUAGCAGGAGCCAAACAGAUAGCUCAGACAUCAAACUGGGCACCAUCUUCAACGAUGAGAACGCAAAGCCCAUUGAAAUCAACGACAUCCAGCAAAUUGUUUUGAGUAUGGGACCCUGGUCCUCGAAAAUUCUCAAAGAUUGUCCAAUCUCUGGAUUGAGGGCACACUCCAUCACUAUCAAACCAAGCGAAAAGACGGUGUCACCUUAUGCCAUACUUGCCGAAUUGAAAGUCAAUGAGCGUGAGUUUUUCUCCCCUGAGAUGUAUGCAAGAAAGGAUGAAGUUUAUGUCUGCGGCGAAGGCGACACUUUAGUGAACAUACCUGAGAGUUCAGACGACGUCGAGGUGGUUUCAGAGAAAUGCGAUGAGCUGUAUCAUUACGUGUCCAAACUAUCACCAGCCUUAUCAAAGGGCCAUCUUCUAAGGAAACAAGCAUGCUUUUUGCCAGUGUUAAACGUUCCUACAAGUUCGGGUCCCCUAAUUGGUGAGACCAAUGUCAAAGAUCUCUAUAUUGCAAGUGGUCACUCUUGCUGGGGCAUCAACAAUGCGCCAGCUACUGGCAAAUUAAUGGCCGAAAUCUUGCUCGAUGGCGAGGCGACCUCUGCGGAAAUCUCAAGUUUGGAUCCAAAGCUAUAUUUCGACGCUACUAUACUUUCUUAA